AUGCUGAGAUCGUGUCCUACAUCUGUGGCUCUUUUCUUUGUUUUCCUAGCAGUUGUUAGCUCACAGGAUGAGCCAGACAGACAAAGGCCGUGCGAACAUCCCAAUGCCAUCAGCUUACCUCAAGACAAGAAAUGUCUGGUACCUGUCAGAUCUGCCUACACCUGGGUAAACGCCGCAUCUACCUGCGAGAGAGCCGGGGGUUCCUUGUUUCAAACACCAGAUGCCCUGCUAGGAUCUCGACCCGACCUCAUGCGCUGUUUGGCUGCAAUGGCAGACUCCACCUAUGCAGCUAUGUGGAUUAACGCCCUUGGUGUGUGGUCUCCGCAUUUUAAGUGGACAAACGGGAGUGCGACCAACCGGGUGGAUUUUUGCACCACUUUGCGUCCACCGAGGGAGGACAACCAUAACGUGACCAGUGACACCCUGAGUGUGGAUUAUUGCGUGAAAACUUGCCACGACAAGGGCGCCAUAUACACUAUCUAUUUCAACAACUCCCGGACCCUGGAGUGCUACUGCCACCACGCCUUAGACGCUAGCUACAUGGCCACCUGCCCGGUGACCACGGUGGAUACCAACACACAGGGAGUCUACUACAUUCUGCUCUCCAAGCCAGAUUCACUGAUACAGAUCACGGGCACAAAUGUCACCUCCAGAACGGAGAUCCUGUGUUCCACAGUUGAUGACAGCACCUUCAGAGUUCGUCGACAGAUCACUAGCGAAAAAUGCUUCAACCGACAACAUUUCAUCUGCGACUUGGGAGACGAAGCAAAGUGCGUAAACAAAAACUGCCAAACAACGGAGUGCUAUUUCGUGUUGAAGCGGCGCUGCCUACUUCGGGUGGGCAUCAACUACCACUGGUACGCCGCUAGAGCCUACUGUCAGAACCGUGACGGGGACCUGUGGAACAUGUUCCAGCUCAGUGACCUGGCCGAUGUCCCCAUGCUCAGUGACCGAGUGACCAAAUACUGGAUCGGCGCCACCAACUAUAACUGGAGGUUCAACGCCACCAGCGCCAGCCUGGGCAGUGUGCCCAGCAAGGACUACAACCGGCUCAGAUGUGGACACAUGGUCCGGCAGGGCAACAGUCUAUCGGAGCUGACCUAUCAAUGGAGCGACACGGUCUGCGACCAGCAGAAGUCGUUUCUGUGCCAAUUCGCUAAAACAGCCUUCAACCCUGAUGAGAUGAACCUGGAAACUGCUUGUCCAUGGGCCACUCCGCCUCCACCAAUAACAGCAGGUCCAGGUGUCAUCACCGGAGUACCCGUGACCGGCACCAAUGUGCCACCCAAUCCUAGCAAUGAGCCGGUUGUGGGUACUGCAGGAGAUGUUGAUAGUUUCCCCAUUGGAGCAGUGAUCGCUGCCAUCAUAGCGGGACUGGUUCUUCUAACGUGCUUGGGGUUAACCUUGGCUUACUGCAGCAGACGCAACUGGAUGGCCGGACGGUUUAGGAAAGUCCGAGAACCGCUGACGUUCAUUCCCUACUUCGCUGAUGUAUCGGGAGCAGACUAUGAGAGUCAUGCAAACAUGAGUUCUGUCUCUGAUCACGGAUCUCAGGUGGGACUUGUCAAGAGCGGCUACCACCACAACACUUCCGGUUACGGAAUGUCAACAUCGUAUGGGGAGCAGAGUGGAGCUUUCUCUAGCAAAUCCCUGGACAGGAGACACAAGGAGACCUUGGACAGGAAGCUUGCAGAAAGCCAGAACUACCUGGCCAGUGGCAAUUCUUCCAUGGAUGAGAGAGGUUUCUCUGCAACAUACAACACCCUGCCCAACAGACCCCGUGAUUUGAUGACACUCCAGGCUCAUAUGGAUAUCAAGGACGAGGCUGAACUUGCAGCUCUCAGAGCUUCCUUCCGCAACCGACCAGAAGUGGCUCUAGUGACGGACAACGUAGACAUGAACUUUACUGUGAACCACGCCGUGUCCAGGACUCACAGCCACGCGGACAGUGAGCUGUCCCGGUCAUCUCUAGAGAGAACCAUGGAGGAGAUUAACCUGCCAGUGUCCGAGGGAGGUCUGGGCUUACACUUGCCCGAGAGAGUUGCAGAAGAGGCCAGGAUAUUUUCAACAUUGUCCAAUAACUAUCACAAGUAA